AUGUGCGAAGUCACCAGAACAAAGUACGCCUGCCGCCACAACAUCAUCGAAUACAAAACCCGCUGCGCAAACCAAGGCAACAGAUGCGAAAAGAAGAUUGAGAACCGCACCUCCGAAGACAGCUGCCCCAAGUGCAACCCCGACUCUCGCCACAAGAAGAUUGCCGACUUGUAUGCCACGUAUGGCAAUGAAUUGGCGAGGCUGGCGGAGCUUGCCAGGGUGGAGGACUGCCAGACGAUGGUGAUGCAGCUGGAGCGGAUGCAAAGGGGGCUUGCGGAGGAGAGGAUUAGGGCGCUGGUGGAGUUGCAGGAGAAGAUUGAGGGGGAGGCGGCGGUGAGGAGGAGGGCUGAGGAGGAGGAGGCGGCUAAGGGGUCUGGUUGGUAA